AAUAUUUACAGUACAUAUACUGGAGGCCUGUGUAAUCCAAGCCACUUGCCAAGAUGAGCACCUUCGGAGAGGUCCUGAAGGAGGUGGGGGAGUUCGGUUUGUUUCAGAAAACCUUACUUGUUGCGUUAUGCAUACCCAGCAUUUUCCCUGCGUUCGAUGUGAGCAGCCAGGUGUUCACGGGAAUGAGCUUUCCACAUCGCUGUAACACCGACUGGAUAUUGGAAAAAGGUCCAAACCUGACAGAGGAGAGACAAAAAAAUCUCACCAUCCCGGUGGAUAAGGAUGGCCGGUUUGAAAAGUGUAAAAUGUUCACUCCUGUGGAUCUGGAUUUGGAAACGAUUGAAGCGUAUGGCCUUAACAGCACAACAGGAUGCAUCGCCGGCUUUGAAUAUGAGGUUUCACAUGGUGUUUCAACCCUAGUGACAGAAUUUGAUCUAGUUUGUGAGAAAAGUGGGUUGAUAGAGGCAUCGCAGUCCAUCUUCAUGGCAGGCGUUCUUGUUGGAUGUUUGGUGUUUGGGGCUAUUUCUGAUAGGUUUGGCAGAAGAUUAGUAGUCCUGCUUACAGCUUUCCUCAACCUGUUGUUUGCAAUGACGACGGCUUUCUCGCCCAACAUCUAUGUUUAUAUCGUUUUAAAAUUUCUCUGCGGGACUUCAAGUGGUGUCAUUGUUAUGAACGCAUCCAUACUGAUGGUGGAAUGGACUGAUCCUUCAAAGUCUGCUCUUUGCACAAUGUCCAUCAUCAUUUUCUUUUCUGUCGGACAGAUGCUUCUGUCUGGUAUUGCCUAUUUGUUGAAUAACUGGAGGAUAUUGCAAAUUGUGCUCUUCAGCCCUCUUGUCAUAUUGCUGGUGAUGUUGUUCUGGUUCCUCCCAGAAUCAUCUCGAUGGCUGAUGACCCAGGGCAGGAAGGAGGAGGCUCUGAAGGAGCUCCAGAGGGCAGCUAAAGUUAACAAAAGGAGUGCACCAGGAGAUCUGCUUGAUAAGGUCACUCUGGAGACUACUCCGGACAGAAAGAACCUGAUAGACAUCUUCCGAAUAUCCUAUUUGAGAAAACGCACUCUAAUAAUGGGCUUGAACUGGUUUGCAGCAAGCUUCCUGUUUUAUGGACUGAGUCUAAAUAUUGGGAGUUUUGGUUUAAAUAUCUACCUCACCCAGCUCAUCUUUGGGUUUAUCGAAAUUCCUGCCAACCUGGUCGGCCUGACUCUCAUUCAGCGCUUCGGGAGGAGAAUGUGUCAAGCAGGUUUCCUUUUCUUUGGAGGGGUCUCUUGUUUGGUUGCCACUUCUGUCCCAAAAGACCUUCCUGUGGUGGUGACAGUCAUUGCAAUGACAGGAAAAUUUGCUGGAGCAGCUGCCUUCAGUACAGCCUAUGUCUAUACAUCAGAAUUAUACCCUACUGAUAUAAGGAAUAGCGGUAUGGGUGUGAACUCCAUGUGUGCUCGUGUGGCGGGAAUCGUCUCACCCCUGGUCAGGCUAUUGGAAACCUUCCAUUACAGCAUUCCUAUGGUGGUUUACGGCAUCGUCCCAAUGGCUGCUGGUUGUCUCAGCUUGCUGCUGCCUGAGACGCUCAAUCUUGAACUUCAGGACCACACUCAACUCAAAAAACCCACAAAUACAUCGGAGGGGUUCCAGUGCUGCGAUGAAGGAAUUGAGGACAAACUAUAACUGUAAAUUUAAACUAAAAACUCUAAUUUGUUUCAUUUUUCCAUUUUUUAACAACUAUGAAAUGCUGUAAAUUAAAAAAAAAAAAA